AAGUAACGCUGAAGGUCCAUGUAAGCGAUGCCAGCACACAUCAGCCAGUAACUGAAGCCUUCAUUGAGAUUUUUACCAACCAGAUCUCCAUUGCAUCUGGAACCUCAGGAGCAGAUGGCACUGCCUUCCUCAAGUUUCAGUAUAAGCUGGGCAAUCAGCUGAUAGUGACUGCUAGUAAACAUGCAUAUGUGCCAAAUUCUGCACCAUGGAAACCUGUAAGAUUGCCUGUGUUCUCCUCACUGAGUCUUGGCCUUCUUCCUGAACGCUCAGCUACUCUCAUGGUCUAUGACGAUGUAGUCCAGAUAGUCUCAGGAUUUCAAGGUGCACGGACUCAGCCACAAGUUCACUUUCAGAGAAGAUCUGUGAAGUUACCAGAGAACACUAGCUACAGUGAUUUGACAGCAUAUCUGACUGCAGCCAGUUCACCCUGGGAAGUGGACAGUUUUCCUUAUUUGCAGGGAUUAGAUGGAAAUGGAACAGGAAACAGCACUAGGUAUGACCUCACCCCUGUCACUGCAGUCAGUGUUCAUCUCCUCAACAGCGACGGGACUCCAAUCCCCGUGAAUGGCCCCAUCUAUGUAACAGUGCCUCUGCCAACAAACAGCAACCUGAAGCACAAUGCACACGUUCCAGCGUGGAGGUUUGACCAAAAAUUUGGGACAUGGCUGAAGAGUAGUUUGGGCCUUGUACAACAAGAAGGAAAUCAGUUGACCUGGACUUAUAUUGCACCUCAGCUGGGCUACUGGGUUGCAGCUAUGUCGCCUACUAUCCCAGGUCCCGUUGUAACUCACGACAUUACCAGCUAUCACACAAUGUUUCUUUUGGCAAUUUUAGGAGGGAUGGCUCUCAUACUUCUAGUCUUGCUGUGUCUACUUUUGUAUUAUUGCAGAAGAAAAUGUUUAAGACCACGUCAACAUCAUAAGAAACUGCAGCUUUCGACAGCACUGGACACUUCCAAGAAGGAUCAAGCAACCUCAAUGUCCCAUAUAAAUUUAAUAUUCUCACGUCGCGAGUCAGAAUUUCCCGGCGGAUUGUCCGUUGCUAGCAAUGGACACACUGAAAACUCAGGUGCGAAGGAAUUAAUCAGUGCUGUCCACAUGGAGAUGGUAUCACCUAGUGGAGAAGCAGAUAUGCAUACACCUAUGCUCAAACACUCAUUCAGCACUUCCCAGGAGUUUAGCUCCCGAGAGGAACUGCUUUCUGAGAAGGAGAAAGACAAGAGCAGAAUUUCCUUGGAUGACCUGACUCCCAGCGGGUCUCUAAGGAAAGACUACCACAAGUCAGCAGAUAGUUUUCCUUUAAAGACAAGAAAAUCUACAGAAACAGCUGAAGGCUAUGAGUCCCCUAUCAAAGAUGAGUAUAGGAGGAGUUACAAUGCUAUGCUGUCUCAGCCUUUAUUUGAAAAGCAAGAGAGAGAAAUUCAAGUAUCUAUGAAUCAUAUUGCUACUGGAAGUAAAUACAAUAUUCAGGAACAAAUAUACCCCACACCUUCAGCCCCUGAAAAAGAGCUGCUGGACUGCAGACCUACUGAUUGUAUGAUGUCUCGUUCAGUUGAUCACCUUGAAAGACCUACAUCUUUCCCUCGACCAGGUCAGUUAAUCUGCUGCAAUUCCGUUGACCAAGUCAAUGACAGUGUUUACAGAAAAGUUUUGCCUGCACUGGUCAUCCCAGGUCAUUACAUGAAACUGCCAGGAGAACAUCCUUUUGUUAGCCAGCCACUGGUUGUCCCAGCUGAUCAGCAGAUUGAUAUAGAAAGACUUCAGGCUGAGCUUCCUAACCCUCAUGCACGGCUUUUUCCACACCCCCCACAACAGCUGCAACCCCAGCAGUUAGCAUCCCAAGCAAUAUCUCAGCAACAUUUGCAAGAUGCAGGUGCAGCUGAGUGGAGUCAACAAAAUGCUUCCAUGUCUGAAUCUAUUUCCAUUCCUGCCUCACUCAACGAUGCAUCUCUGGCUCAAAUGAAUAGUGAAGUGCAGCUUCUUACAGAAAAGGCUUUGAUGGAAUUAGGAGGUGGAAAGCCAUUGCCUCAUCCUCGAGCAUGGUUUGUUUCUCUAGAUGGACGUUCAAAUGCUCAUGUUAGACAUUCAUACAUCGAUCUCCAAAGAGCUGGUAGGAAUGGGAGUAAUGAUGCCAGUUUGGACUCUGGCGUUGACAUGAAUGAACCAAAAUCUGCCCGAAAGGGAAGAGGAGAUCAUCUGUCUGCACCACAGAGUCACCCACCAGUGCAAGAGCACCAGCAGAGAGAGCGGAAGGUUUCAGAUAGCACAGCUUACACACAGCUUGUGUACUUGGAUGAUAUGGACCAAAGUGGCAGUGAGUGUGGAACAGCAGUUUGUAGCCCCGAGGACAAUGCUCUACGAUGCCUACUAGAAGGCACGAGUAAGAGAAGUGGUGUGCAGCUGCCCAGCCUGCAGGAGGAAACGAGAACUGUAGAUACCAAACCAGAGCCAUUAACUAGUCCUGAACACCGAACAUCAGUUCAAGAUGAGGAGGAGGAUGAGGAGGAUGAGGAAGAUGACCAAGGUGAAGAUAAGAAGAGUCCUUGGCAGAAGCGAGAGGAACGACCACUAAUGACUUUCAAUCUGAAGUGAGCUGUUGUGAAAAUCCACCAUUCAGUGGAGUAUAAAAUUGCCAAAUAUUCUUUCUGUGGAAGUGCUUGAUUUUUUUUUAAUUUUUUUUUUCUUUUAUUUUCUUUUUGUUUGUUGUGGAGAGAAAAACAAACUGUGGUGAGCAACAUUUGAAAGAACUUAAAUGCAUUACUGUGUAAAUGUUAGAAAAAGAAUUAAAAUCAUUCCUCUGAUUUAACAGCUGCCUCCAGUGAGAUAGCUGAACAAAGAGUGUGAUUGUUAUUCCAUAUACUUGAUAUUGGUCAUCCAGGAUGUUGAAAAUACUGACAAGUUAUUUUGGUUGGUUUAUGACCUCAAUCUCCUUAUGAAUGGGAGCUGGUAAAGCUUUUGUUUUGUAGGCCAAUUUUAUGUUGAUAAUGCUACUGAAAGUAUCUUAAAAACAUGAGUUUGACACAUGGUGUCCAAAAUUGUGCAUUAUCUCAAUGAAAGGCUAUGCAUUGCUGCUUUUAGUAAUAUUUUGCUUAUACUAUGCUUUUCUUAAUUUUACAAGUUGGUUGUAAACAUUUUAUGUCCUUUAUUAUAAACUACUCAGCAAUUUAUUUUCAUGUAAAACUGCAGGAAACUUGAGUAGCAUCCCUUAGCAUUGAAGCCUUUUUUACAGUAACAAUGAACAGUCCCUUCUUUUGCUAACUCCUUUUAAUUGACCCCAUUUGAGAUUUUAUAAACUUCUGAACUUCUACCUUUUAUUUUAAGCUGCAUGCCAAGAGUCCCAUUUUGUGCUGAGCAUUUCUCAUUUCAAUACAGUGUAUUCUG